AUCGAAACUGCUGGGCAUAACGUCAAACGUCCUUCGAAGUGGCAAACAUCCCCUAGGCAGUGCGCAGAAUCCCAAAUUGGUCUUGUCAAUUAUGUUUGUACUCUGUUUUCUUUUCUUCGAUGGUGUACUAAAAGAGGAACACAAAUCUACAAUCAAUAAAGCUUUACCUUAGUCUACGUACACCUGAGCGAAGUAAGGAGCAAAGCGGACAUAGCAAUAAUAAACUCCGCAGAGUCUUGUUUUGUGUUCACUACUUGUUGGUUUUGCCCCAAGAAAAACCACACAACUUGGAUGCAUUUCUGAAGCGAGGAGGCCCAAAAGAAAAGCCCAACAGCAUUGAGACUUCAACGACGCCAACAUCGAGAGACCAUCAUAGCGGUUCGCUAUGAAUACAGUGCCAAAUCAUGCUUUCAUCGAGGUGCAUGCCCUGCAUCCUCAUCAUCAACAUCAACCCCAUUGCAAGCAACAGUGCUUUGUUUUCACUGAAAUAGCGGAUAUAGUCGAACUACCCCCCGAGAUAACGAAAAUUGGCAGUGAGAAGGUGCAAAAUGGAGUGGUCAUAUCGCCGUAUACCACGAGUAGCAAGGAUCCAUGUGGUGGGUCGUCAACGGGCAUGGAGUCGCCCAUCGACUCGGAGACGAAAUCUUCGCGGAGUAAACGAAUUCUCAUUGUCUUGGCCAUAAUGAUGGUUUGUAUUGCAAUGGCGGGCGGAAUACCAUUAGCCUUACAGCUGCGGCAGUCCUCGCUGUUAGAGGCCCGCUUGGCUUUCAUAAGACGUUUGCUCAGUGAGGCGCCCUUGAUAGAGGGCUCUUGGGCGCCAACGCGAGACAUGAACUACAGCAGUAGUAUGCGAGAAAUGCGACAAAAAUAUGUUGGGGCCGUUCUCUGGCCCAUAGCAGUUCCGUGUGGAGCUCAAUAUUUGGAUGCUGUACAACUGGCAUUGGAGGGUAUCGACGAGGCUAGACGAAUAACAGCUGUCACCGAUUCGAUGCAUAUUGUCGAGUCGGCUGACGAAAUGGAACAAACACAUAUCAGGGGAGAAGUUGCCGUGCUGAUGGGCCUGGGCGGUGGCCACACGUUGGGUACUAGUUUGGCCGUUUUAAGGUCAAUGUAUUUGUUGGGUGCUCGUUUUGUUUCCAUCACCAGUUUGGAGUGCACAACGGCAUGGGCAGCAUCGACCAAGAAUCUAGAUUAUCUUAUGGAAUCGAAUGCCACAAAUUCAAUUAACGAUUUUGGAAAGACCAUGCUAUUCGAAAUGAACCGCAUUGGUAUGUUAGUGGAGAUCUCACAUCUUUCGGAGGCUGGCAUGAUUGCAGCACUGAAAACAGCCAAGGCACCAGUUCUGAUGAUGAACGCCGCACCUGCAUCCUUUUGCAAUAGUACAAAUGUAGCUUCCAUACCCGAUCGUGUUUUAAGCCUACUUCCGGAUAAUGGCGGAGUUAUAAUGCUCAAUUUGGAACGUUGUGGAGAACGUUUGCUGGGUGUGCGUGAGGCCAUUAACGCAAUCAAUUUUGUUCGGAAGGUGGCCGGUGUCGAUCACAUCGGUCUGAGUGGGGCACCCAAAGGAUAUGCCUUUCUUUUGGCCGAGUUGGCACGCGACAGGGUGUGGGGUAAUGCAGCCAUCAAGAAACUGAUUGGCGGCAAUGUGGUGCGCAUCCUGCGUGAGGUGGAAACUUUGAAAAAUCGCCUGCCCCUUUACGAGGAGUGGAUACCAAAUGAAUUGGUGGAGAGCAAUUCGUAUUGUCGCUAUCCCGAAUCGUAAAUCGAUCGGUAGUGAGAGGGCAUUCUAUUCGUUUUUUGAUCUUGCUGCCUCCCCCUCCACCCUCAUCUGUCUAUUGAAGAGCACAAGUACACUCACACAUGCGUACCGGUAUUUUAAGUGAUCUCUUUUUGUCUGCAAAGAGUGAUAGAUCGGCGGCCGUUCGGCCUGCAACACCUGUAUUUAGCAAUAUUUUUAAACGAUAAACCAUAUUUAAAGUUGUUAUUUAGUUAAUUCCUUUCAAAUUGAAAUUCUUAUCGAAACCGUAUUGAAAAAUAAAAAAAGAAAAACAAAAAUAAAAAUAAAAAUAAGACGAAUUAAAAAUAAACCACAAAACAAACAAAGAAAACAAUAAAGAACCAAUUUUCAUUGUAACGUUCAAGAGUUUAAAAUAUU